AUGGUUUUGUUAACUCAUAAUAAAUGGUUUAUUUGUAUAGUGCAUGUAUUACUCUACGUUAUACUUAGCGUAAAAGCUGAUGAAAAUUGCGAAUCAUUCCCCAUAGAAAUACACGUAACCAAAGAGGAAUAUGAUGAGAUGGGUAGUCUUGUAAGGUCAUGCAGUGGUGAAGUUACAGUCAAUAAAUGUGAAGGAAUAUGCAGUAGCCAAAUUCAGCCAUCUGUUGUAACUGCCACGGGGUUUCUAAAGGAAUGCUUUUGCUGUAAAGAAAAUUAUCUACGCGAACGUACGGUAACGUUAACCCAUUGCUAUUAUCCGGAUGGCUUAAGAAUAGAGGAAGAAGAUCGUGCUACUAUGGAAGUACAUUUGCGAGAACCAGAUGAAUGCAAAUGUCGCAAAUGCGGUGAUUUUAGUCGAUAA